UCAACACGUUUAUUGUUAAACGCAUUGAAAUAUUUAUUUAUUUAAUUUAUUUAAAUUAUUUUAAUUAAGUAGAUAUUUUUAAAAUGUCUAAAAAACGAUCCAGAUCACGUUCAAGAUCUCGUUCACGAGACAAGAAGCGUAGAAAGGAUGAAAAGAUUGACAAACUACAGUCUCAAAUGGAUAACCUAGCAGAGACUGUGAAAACAUUGGCUGAAAGCAUAAAAUUGCUAAAAAAUGUAUCUGGUGAAAAAAUAGUUACAGCAGAUUCAGAAUCUGAGGUUAUUAAAGAUGCCGAUAAAGACGGUAAAAAUGUUGUCGUGGAAGUAGAUCCACCCUCACAGUCAGGCGAGCAGACUCCAGAUCAGGUUGAGCAAGUAUCAAUCAAAGAAGUCGCGAGCAAGAUUCUUGGCAUGGAUCAGGAAUGUACUUAUAAAGAGGCAAAAUACAUGUCAGAGCUGAACGGCACAUGGUCCAAGUGGGCCCUUGAAGGACUUCCUGAGAAAAACAAAAAAGCCAUCCUGGAGGCUUAUAACAGGAAAGGAGAAUUUUAUACCGAGGCCCCUAAAUUAAAUUUAGAACUAGGACCGUUAUUGACUGAUAUUGCCAAGAAAAGAGACCAGCAUUUUGCGGAUACGCAAAAUUGUAUCGGUACAGCGCUGUCAGCACUAGGCGCUGCUGUCUCGCUGCUACUAGAACCGCCUGAGGAAGGACUAGACGAGGAUCUAUUCACCGACUAUAUAAGCCAUGCAGGACAAAUUUUAUCAGAUGUCUUUUACCAACAAUCAGUGGCCAGGAAAUCAUAUAUUACACCACAGCUUAAUAAAAAUAUUAAGCCGCUGGUGGAUAAUAUGUUGUCUAAGGAAUGGCUGUACGGCGAUGAUUUGAAAGACAAGGUAAAGGACAUGAAGGAGAUCGAAAAAGCAUGUGCGGAGAUUAAAGAAAAACCUCCAGUAAAAUCAGCGGUCAAGUCUCGAGACCAGGGAAACGGGAGAUACCCACCUGCGAACAAUCGUCAGGUGGGUUAUCAACAGAGACGUCGGGUAAUGAGGUUCAGGCAGAAAUCAUCCACGACAUCGCAACGUCCAGCAAAGCCAGCCUCUCGAUCGACGAACCAGUCAUCAUCGAGGAAAUAAAGAUACGAGAGCCAUCCAUUAUCAUCCCAGCUUUCAUUGGUGGUAGGCAGAUUAUCCGGGAGGCGUAUUUGAAAAAAGGAAUUUCAGAAGAGACUGCGGAGGUGAUGGUUAAGUCUGUUGCUGCAUCGACACUUAAACAGUACACUUGCAGUUUAAAACGAUGGUGGGAAUUUGCUCAUCACAAGAAGAUUGACGUUUAUAAUGCCAGGACGUCAGAGAUCUUAGAGUUUUUAACGGACUGUUUUAGUAAAUGUGCAAAUUACAGCUCCCUCAACACAAGUCGAUCAGCAAUCUCUUUAGUUUCAGUAUACGAUAUUAAUCAAGAUGGUCUGAUAUCUCGAUUUAUGAAAGGAACUUUCAAAGAAAGACCAACCAAACCGAAAUAUGCUUCUACAUGGGAUAUUACGCCAGUAUUAAAUUACCUAGAAAAGCUCGGGCCAAUCAAACAAUUAGAAAUGAAAGUGGCUGCCGAAAAAGUCGUGACUAUUCUAGCUUUAGUAAGCGCGCAAAGAUUACA